UCACGGCACAUACUCCAUUAGUUCGCACAUUAGUAUGAGUUAGUCGAAUUAUUUAAUUAAAUAAAGUAAUUUAAUAAGAGAGUGAAUUAAUAACAAUUAUUUGGUUCGGGCGCGCGAUCAGCGGCGCUUCGGACAACGGACGCUGGAUCUAAACAAGUGCGACAGUGAAACAUGUAUUAGUAAAUCUAUUUUAUAUUUUUUAAACUGUGAUUGUCGAAUUUGUUUGUCUGCUCGAUGGAUCAAAAUAAAGAUACGUCGAAUCUGAAACAAAAUCCACCGAAAUCGUACGAAGCAAAACCACAAACCGCCAUUAAUUACAGUGUUAACACCGGUAACUACACUGAAAACAAUCACAACCUCUUCCAAAUGAUUAAAUGCCACGAAGAUAGUCUCCUGAGACUCCACCAUUUGACCGCCGGCAGACAAAUGAACGGAGCCUACGAACCGACGUACCAAAACGAUUUAACUUGGUAUCCAAAAGAUUUACAACGACAAUACAUUAAGCCUGUUGAAUAUCUCUCUUACGAGGAUGUGAGAAGAAAAUAUGAUGAUGGCAAAACUCCGAAAGAGCGAGAAGUCCAGAAAGAAUCUGAGGAAGAGAGAGAUGGGAAAAUAGACGAAAGAAAGAAACCCAGAAGGAAUAGAACGACGUUCACGAGUCAGCAACUAGCUGCGUUAGAAAAGGUGUUUGAAAAAACUCAUUACCCUGAUGCGUUUGUAAGGGAAGAUUUAGCAGCAAGGGUCAAUUUGACUGAAGCGAGGGUGCAAGUAUGGUUCCAAAAUCGUCGAGCGAAAUUUAGAAGAAACGAAAGAUCAGCAUUAUCGAACCAUCGUGGAUCCGCUAAUCAGACCUCUCCAGAACCGAUAGCUGUGCCGAUUGGCAUCCCGCAUCAAACUGACCACAGACAAGACUUUUCGCGACCCAACAAAGAACCUUGGCUGCAUCAUUUCCAAACAAAUAACCUUAACCUAAAUCUAGGUAUUCCUUUAACCAAUUCCGGCUUAUACCAAAACGAUUAUUCGUUGAUGAUGCAGAACGUUAGUAAUAGACAAUACGUUCCAAAUUCAAACAGUUUGAUGGGCCAGAGCAUGGUCGGUUACAGUGGAAGUGGCGAGAAUUAUGGUUCAUGUGCUUUAAUCGGGGGAUAUAACGGAGCAUUGCCGUCGGCACAUCACAGUUCAUACAAUCUAAAUUUAAGAUUAAGACCGCACGACUUUAGUAUAAAUAAUAUAACUUUGUAAAAUAAGAUGUAUAUAUCCUAUUCGUGUUAGUAGCGAUAAGGUUUUGAGAAUUUAUUAAAUACCUAAAG